CCGCAUCCUCGUACCACAUAUCACUCAUCCAGACAGUGUGUGAUCAGAACGGGGGACGGACUACAUCGGCCUUACCGUCACUUUCAUAUAACGGACAUGAAAAAGCCUUUUGUAGUGUAUGGUUGACUGGCGCCAGGCCUCUAUUUAUUCGUGGGUGCUCCCUCCUUCUCCCUUCCUCCCUCUCUUCCGUUUCCUCAGUACUCCCUCCUACCAGCAGCCGUCUUCCUUCAUCCAGACUCAUCAUCGCGCUCCUAUCACCAUCAGCACUUGCGUUUACAUUGCACAGAUAUGCCCAAAGUCUUUUCUGAUCACUACUUUCUCCACGGACUCCGUCUUGACCGUCGGUACGAGUUCAGGGUCGUCUACAUCUCGGACAUCGACUACCAGUGGGUUGAACUCAACAUCCUUUGCCCCUACCGCUCCUCUUACCUCCACCAUAUCCUCAACGCCUUACUUUAUCUCCGUCUCUCCUCGCUCGAACGCCGCCAACAGGACAUUACCGAACAUGAACAAGCUACGGUCCUGGAACGAGUCUCGAUUCUGAAUAUCUCUAUGCCCUCCAACUCGCUCAACCGCCCAUCCCACUCCCUCACGCUAGAUCAACAAUACCAACGCGAGAUCGCCCGCCAGAAGCGUGUCCAAUGCCUGGUCCAUGGCGAUGACACCAACAUUGAUCAGGACAUGUGGCGACUGUAUCAUCUGUGUCACGAAGUGCGCGCUGAGGAAAACAACUGGAUCAACCAAUACGGUCAUGAUCGAAAUCUGAUCCGAAGGGCCUUCCCCGUGAACAACCCACGGUUGCAACUGAUGCUGCGAAGCGACGGGCAUUAUCUGAGGAUUCGACCGGACGUGGAGCUCUUUUCAGAGUACCACGAGGUGCCCGAGGGUGAGGCCAGUCCGCCAUCACCGAUUCUGUCGUUGAUGCCUCCACAAUACAACUCUUCCGGACCUGAGCAGGCGUCGACGUCGUCGUCUUCACCGUGCUUGGCGUCUUCGUUGUUGUGUCUUUCACAGACCCCGGAGGAUGAGGAUAUGAUGGCGCUGGACGAGGCCUGUCUUCGGUGGAGCGAGCAGACUCAGCGGCAGCAGGAGGAGGAAAAACCUCAGCUGCAACAGGGGCAGAUGGGGGGGGCCAUGGUCGCUGAGCUUACGGAGGCGACUACCAUAACGGUCGAAAACGGAUCUGAAUACACGCUCGUGGAACUACCAAAUAUCGAAGGCUUGAGGAUUCAAGAAUAGGUCCACUCAAAAGGCGUGCUCGCGUCUUGUUUGCUUGAUUCGGACUACAUUUGCACAGCAAUAUUUUUUCAUUUGAAAUAAAUACGCCACUAACUUUGCAUUAUAUAUAUAUAUAUAU